UCAUGAGCCCUAUAUUGCACCUGGGGAUUCUCCAUCGGCCGGAGUCGGCGUGCGGGGCCCUGUCCGCGGUCUGCAAGCCCCGGUGAAGCGCGGAUUCGUCCCCUGGCCUCCAAACGCUGGGUGAUGCCCAUGCCCAUUCGGCGUAGUGUCCCCGGCGGCUUUGCCGGUUCAGGGAGGGGACGCCGUCCGUCUGCGUGGCCUGGCUGGGGGGUGGCCGGCACCGUGCGGGGUCUGCAGCGUGCCGGCUGCUCUCGGCUUGUCCUCUGGAGGGCAACCCCGGCCUCUCGGAAACUGCUGCGGCUUCACGGGGGUCCGGGUCUUGCCCCCGCGCGGGUCAUCCUCCCGGCGCCCCGAGUGGGAACGGCCUCCGCGGCGACGUCUUUCAGUUCCCGGUCGGCCUCGCGCCUCUGGGCCCCGGCACCAGGCUUUCUGGGUGCUUUGCAAGACUCUGCAAUGCCAAGUGUCCACGACGCCUGUCCUGUGUCGGAGCACAUCCCUGGGCGUCGAGGCGGGUUUUAUGCCGCGGUUCUCGGUGCCGGGGGGCGAGAGCCAAGCCUCCAGCGCCGGGCGCUCGGGGGUGCCAGCGUUGCACCGUGCUCUGUUUGAGUCAGUGCAAAACAGACCACUUAAUUCAGCAUCUAAAUAUGGACUCGGGCAGCUGCGUUUGCAAACAUGGGCCUCCGCCGUCCUGUGCGUCGGCUCCGUCGUUUGUAAAACGGGGAUUAGGAACGCCUGGGGUCCAGCAGAGGAAGGGGAUGAGUUACAACCCCCUCGGCUUGAACCUAGUAACAGACUCCGUGAAGUAAUGGACCCUGUGGCUGCCGUCGUCCGAACUGACACAAAACACAGCAGCAAAAAUGGGAAAGAUCAGGACUUUUUAUGUGUUUUAUAACACUGAAGUUUGUUUUCAGUCAUCUGAAAGACUUAACGAGGGAGAUGAGCAGUGUGCGUGUGUGGCCUGGCUCCCCGUCGUACCAGCACUAGCAGGGGUGAAGAGUAAUUCCCUUGCAAUUCAGCGGGUCGCAGCACCGUAUCUCUGUGCCGGACAUCAGCCCUGCACUAUUUCACGGCCCCUGUCGCUGUAGGUGAUCCGCCCCCGGAGCCGCACGCUCUCGACCCCGCGGUUUCCGUGAGGUUGGCCUUCCUGAGCUGGGUCAGCGUGGCCUGGGUUUUGCUAUACAAGGAAGUGGAGGUCGCCGGCGUCUCUUCCGCUGUGAUGGAUUAUCUGGGGAUUUCCCGCUAGAGGAUGCUGUUGGCUACCCCUUGAACUUGUCUGUGGCUGUCGCAGCUGCAGAUUCAGGGCCUGAUCUUACUUUAGCAGUAACUUUUUACCCCCUUGACACCUAAAUCGGGUGUCUCUGGAGGGCCCAGCAUCUCCGCAAGGGAGUGGGAUGAUGAGGAAAGGACCCUGGCUCGCUUUGCCCCCUCGGUGGUGGUGCUCUCGGUAGAGGUUAGCACCGCCCGGGCGGGGUUUUGCAUGCUUUCACCAGGUCGUAGCAACGCCAUGCUAUCUGGCAGGGGAAGGGAGGCAUGUGCAGAAGGGGGUUUGCUUCACCCAUCCGCUGCCUCCCUCCAUCUGCUACAGCGAAGGAUGUGAUGAGCUGGGGCAGGCCAGAAAGGAGGCAACAGCUGCUCCCCUCUUUCCAUAGAUGGACAGAUACCAUUGAGGGUCUGAAUGAAAACCACCCGUGCUGUGAGGUCAGACCGGGGUCUGUUGGACAGGCCAGUGCUUGGUCAUGGCGUUGGUCUCAGGAGGAGGUGGAAAGCUAGCAAGAUCCUUGACCUCUCUGUCCUGAGCUCAUCACCCCCAGCAGUCUAUUUUAUGCCCAGGCUGGGCUGAGAGACCCAGAUCUCAGUGUUAUCGUGCCCUGAACCUUCCCAAGAUCAAGACCAGACUGGCACAUCCCUGUGCCAGUUCUCCGACCCUCCAGCAACACCCGCGGCACUGGGAUAACUGAGCGGGUGAUGCCCCUGUAAAUAACUAGCCCCAAAUCUGCAAUGUGCCCUUCCCGUUUGGACAAGCGGAGUGGAGCCCAACCUUAACGAAUGUAUUCAGAGCAGGCAUGAAACCAGUCCCCUCCAAGGCGGAACUGGGCGCAGGACACAGAUCUGACGGCUGGGCAAUGUGACUGGUGAGGAGAGGCCGAGGGAAAUGAGGCCGAGGGGGAUUAAAUAGCAGCCUUCACCUCCCUGCAGGGGGUUGCAAAGAGGACGGAGCUGGGCUGGUCUCAGUGGGGACAGAUGACUGAAGGAGCAAUGGGCUCAAGCUGCAGCAAGGGACGUUGAGGUUGGAUAUUAGGAAAAACUUUCACGAGAUGGGUAGUAAAGCACCAGAACAGGUUACCCAGAGAGGUGGUGCAGUCUCCACACUUGGAGGUUUUGAAGACCCGGCUAGACAAAGCCGUGGCUGGGAUGAUCUAAUUGGGGCUGGCCCUGCUUUGCACAGGGGGUUGGACUCGAUGUGACCUCCUGAGGUCCCUUCCGGCCCUCAUUGUCUGUGGUGGCCGUGCGCACACACCGGAGCUGUCUUUCUGCCCAGUCCUCUUGGGUCUCUGCCCUAGAAAAUGUCCGAGGCUGGGAAAGUGGUUUCUUUAAUGGCAGGGCAGAGAACUGGCGUUAGACCAGGGUUACUCCGGUGAGUGUUUCUUGAGUCCUUGUGUCUCCGGGAUGCAGACCAGCUGUCUGAGCAGAGCCUGGAGGCUGUGAUUGCUGCUGGUGUCUCUCCCCGGCACCCCUCCAGGACCGGGGGCUUCUGCGCAUAGAGGGAGACGGUGAGAGGGAAGGUGCAGGCUCCCCAGUGCGGGGGUAAGGCCCAUCUCCAGGAGCAAGAUGUGCUCUGGGGAACGUCCCUCGAGUCUGCGCAUCCCUUUGGAGAGCGUGGGAGAGCUGCGGCUUAUUCUCUGCCUUUCUCUCUGCUGUUUCUAAAGCCUGGCCAGAAAGAAAGCUCUGAGACGGAGCCUGCUGCUGCCUGAUAAGUUCUCCCCGGCCGUGGGAAGCGAUCGGAUAAGCUCAGCAGACGGGAGCGUUUCCAAGGAAGGGCGGCCUCCCCUCAGUCAGCCCGGGGGAUGCUGCAUAAAGCCUGGCCUCUGAGUCCAAUGGCCACCAGAGAUCACGCGGGGACAGGGGAGCUCGGCCAGAGACAUAAUGCAACCGAGAGAUGAUACUCUGCGUCUGAGCCCCGGCAAUGUCGGGCCCUAACCAGAGCAAGGUUUCCUUGAAGUGUAUAACUAGCCCCUGGCAACUGCAGCACGAAGCGAAUGCAGGGAGUCUCCGUGUCUCUGCUGCUCACUAGUUCCUCUCCGGCCACCUCGUGUUGUGUGCAUUUGCUUUCCCGGCCCCGGCUCCCUGAGUCUUGUGAGCACACGGGAGUAUCGCCUUGCACGUUUUUUCUAGCCCUCCUGUCCCAGGGAAGCGUCCCAGAGCGGGCGGCAAGGCCUGCAGAGAGCAGCCUCCGUCCAUCCACGAGGGCUUUGUGGGUUUUUCUUGGGAGAUGACUAUUUUUUUUUCUUUCUUUUUUUGGAGACCAUAAAUAACAUCUCUCCCCAGCACAGCCAACCCGGCGGGUAGAGAACGGGCGAUAGACCUAUGUCCUGGACGUUUAAACAAAGGCAGGAAAGAGGCAGGGGGGACCGAGCGAGAGGGAACAAUGCCACAUUGGCGGGGGCUCGUUAGGACGCUGCCUCCUGCCUGUUCUCGCGAAGAAGAAAGAAUAGAAGCCUUUGAGGCCAGGGUUUAUUUUUAAACGCCUGAAAGGGCCUGACGCAGAAGGGGGAGUGGAAAAUACGAGUCCGGCAUCGACAAAGUUCCUCUGAGCAGCCUUUGAAGCCGGCGCGCCAGCCUCUAAUUGCUGUGGGUGCUUGGGGGUAAAGGCUCGGGACAGCGCGCCGGGUGGGGGAUGCGCCGUCGGCGUUGCCUUCACGUCUCCGUUGCAGCAGGUCGUUUUACUGCCGGGCAGUGCUCCUCUUCCUCCAGAAGUCCCCGUCUCCAGCACUGUUGCAGUGCAAGGGCUCAGCCGUCAUGGUCUGGGGUAACGCUGCCGUAGGUCCACCCGGCUGCUGCUCCUAAAUGCACAUCGCCUGCCGACCCCAGAGUCCUCUGCCCCCAUCUCCUGCUCGUCUUACUCCCCUGAGUAGCCCCGUUUCAAGAGGGCUUGGUCUUUCGGCUCUAGCGCACAUAGUGACAUAGCAUCCGAAUCCUCCCUAGUUCGCUCCUGCAUCCAUACGGCUGAAGGCAAGCGAAAUUUCGGGGGCACCCAAACCCCUUGGGCCUGCAUGUAGGAUGCCUACCAAAAGAUUUGGAAGUCGCUGAAGCCCCAGGCUGGGAAGUUUAGGGUGGAGGAUACUUGCCGGUAGUCGGGCCACAAGUGGUUCUUGAACAGUUGAAGGAAUUUGGACCUGGCACACGAAACAUUUUCCUUAAAAAUAAAAAAAUACAAUACAAAACCGGGAGGCAGGUGGGCUCCGGCGCUUGGCUUUCAGAGCCUGCAUCUCAGGAGGGAUCGUGGCUGCUCCCGGCCCAGUGUCUCGGGACAGGACGCCGGCACGAAGCAGCCCUUUGCUGUCCCUCCUGCAUCCCAUCAGCGUGGCACAUCUGUUGUUGCCAUUUGCUAUCCUAGACGCCAGGGCCCCAGUCAGGAUCUGGUUGCCGGCUGUGCUAGGCGCUGUACAGCACCGCAGCGCUCUUUCCUCUGCAACACAGGGCACGGUUCACCUCCUAGGUGCGUCGGGGGCAAACCCCACCUGCCUGCACUCUGGUCUCCCCAGAUCUCUUCUCACAGCCCAUCGCACGGUCACUGUUAUCUGCUGUGGUGCAUGGGGAUGGUCUGGAAACCAGCUGUCCGAGGGCUCACCCAGGAACACAGGACAGGCUCCGGUGGCUCUGGUGCCGUGUAUCUCUGCCCAGGUACCUGCAUGAAGUGUCCUGGGCACAUCCCGUCGUUGCACUUAGGGCUGCUUCAAGGGGUCCGGGCACCUUUUUUUGUCCUGCCCAGCUGUCUCAAGCUGCUGCUCUCCGCUCUCUUCCCGGGUCCCAGGAGUUGCACUUGGCAAAGGUCUGAGAUUCCCCCGAUUCAAACUCCAGCAGCAUCAAUCAGACGCUGGAGCUGGAUGGAAAGAGCAGCUCCCUCUAGGGCGGUCGCGGGGGCUUGGUCCCAUCGGGUCAAGGCUGAAGUGCUCAGUGGAGCCUGGCACUGGUUGAUUGGGCUUGUGGGGCAGCUGGGAAGCUCCUUGCAGGUUUGUUGCAUGGGUCGUGCCUAUCGCCCGGGGAUGGGUGAAGCGCGCCCGCCGUUCCCUGAUCUGUGCUGGUGUCAGCCAGGCUUGCUCUCUCCUCUCUUCAUUCAAACCCGGCCCUUUUUGCUUAGCUGAGGGACCCGUCACCAGUAUUUCUGGGGGGCAUCGCACAGACAGCGGCUGGUGUGGGACGAUGUGAGCGCCCGGCUGUUUGAUCUUACAGGUGCUCUGUGCUGUACACAGGCCCCUCUGCCUCCUGAGUACCUUUGCCCUGCCAGGCUUGCUGUGCCAGUGCAUCCGUGAUGCUACCCACGCAGCGCCUUGCCCUCUCCGCCCUUUCCCCCUUGCUCUGUGCAUUUGCUUUGCAAAUUCCCUGGCUGCUCAUCACAAGCAGCCUGGGGCAUUGGCACCGGGGCUCUUCCUGCAGCUGCCAAGCUCCUGCCCCAUCCCCUGCGGGCACCUCCUCCCUUUGUGGGGAGAAGCGGCUGGAAAGCACAGCAGCAGGAGGGAGCGCAAUGCAGUGCCUGGCACCCGAAGGGCUGAGAGUGCAGAAUGCAGGGGCCCUCUGCGCUGGGCGCGUUAUUCUUAGUUGCCUGCUUGCCCGUGAUGGGGGUGUUGGGUUUCAGGGACUUGUUUAUGCCAGAGCCGGAGGAGGCUGGGGGCUGCCACGCUGCCCUCCAGGGAGCCCUGCAGCGAAGGGCGCACAGGGAAUGGGAGUGGGUAGAUGGCUGCAGCCCUGGGUGCAAGCCAGGAGAAGAGCCCUGCACCCCCUCUCCGGGUCCCGGAAGGAGCAGCAAUGCCUUCGGCACCUGGCUGCUUAGCACGGGGCCGCUCCCUUCCAUCCCCGCGGGUCCCGUUCGGAGCCACGCUCCCCCGACGGAGGAUGCAUCACGUGAGAUCCUCGCGGGACACGGACCUGCUCGGUGACUGCACUUUUUCCACCCCGUGUGACUGCAUUUCCCCUUCCCAACCCCUUUUUCCCAGCUUACCCCACCAUCCCGGCUCUACACCCCUCUGACCAAGCACAUGGAGUGGCUUAGGCCGAGGGGUCAUCCCAUCACUUACCCAGGCCGCGGGGCUGUCCCCUGUGCUGCCCCCAGCAAGCCGGGCUCUGACUGUCAGAAGCAGGUGAGGGCCCCGGGCAUGUUUGUCUUUGCAGCGGCGGGAAGAGGUGUCGCCACCGCUCGCAAAGUCAGUGCUAUUAAUAUCAGGUAAUGAGCAUAAUCUCUGGGUUCGGUUAUCCUCUUAUGCCUGUCGGCUGCUCCGGGACACCGCCGCGCACCUCCCGUUUGCUCUUUCACUCCUCGCUCAGUUCUCAGCCCUGCACUCGCACGCCAGGUCCCAGCAGCCAGCCAUGCCGCACGCCCCCCUCCAGCCUCCCUGCCCGUAGGGACCGGCCCUCCGCAUGGCCCGGGUUGACCCGGUCCCUUCGCCCACGUGGCAGCCCUGCUGCAACGUUAGUGCCUCGCAGGCGGGGAUGAGACGGCGACCCGCAGACCGCGCCGCGCCUGAAACUCCUGCACCCGGGACCGCCUGGUUCUUCUGAGGCAGGGCGAGAUGAGCAGCCCCCCGACGUACGCGGGGGUCCGGAUAUCAGGCUGCUGGGCCCUGGGGGCUGAAGGCAGCCACAGCAGCGCAGAAUCCCUGGACAGACUCUACCCCCCGGUAGCGCCCACGCGGCCGCCCCGGAAACGGACCACCAGCCAGUGCAAGUCCGAGCCCCCGCUGCUACGAACCAGCAAAAGGACCAUCUACACGGCCGGACGGCCGCCGUGGUACAACGAGCAUGGGGCACAGUCCAAAGAGGCCUUUGUCAUAGGUCUGGGCGGGGGCAGCGCCUCCGGAAAGACCACGGUGGCCAGGAUGAUCAUCGAAGCCCUGGACGUCCCGUGGGUGGUGCUGCUCUCCAUGGACUCCUUUUACAAGGUGCUCACCAAGCAGCAGCAGGAGCAGGCGGCCCACAACGACUUCAACUUCGACCACCCCGAUGCCUUUGACUUUGACUUGAUCAUUGCCACCCUAAAGAAGCUCAAGCAGGGCAAGAGUGUGAAGAUCCCCAUCUACGACUUCACCACCCACAGCCGGAAGAAGGAAUGGAAAACCCUCUAUGGUGCCAACGUGAUUAUCUUUGAAGGCAUCAUGGCAUUCGCGGACAAGGAGCUGCUGAAGCUCCUGGACCUGAAGAUCUUCGUCGACACGGACUCGGACAUCCGCCUGGUACGGCGCCUGCGCAGGGACAUCAGCGAGCGCGGCCGGGACAUUGAGGGCGUCAUCAAGCAGUACAACAAGUUCGUCAAGCCAGCCUUCGACCAGUACAUCCAGCCCACCCUGCGGCUGGCUGACAUCGUCGUGCCCAGAGGUAGUGGGAACACGGUGGCCAUCGACCUGAUCGUGCAGCACGUCCACAGCCAGCUGGAGGAGCGUGAACUCAGUGUCAGGGCAGCGCUGGCUUCGGCCCACCAGUGCCACCCGCUCCCGCGGACCCUCAGUGUGCUGAAGAGCACCCCGCAAGUGAGGGGCAUGCACACCAUCAUCAGGAACAAGGAGACCAGCCGAGACGAGUUCAUCUUCUACUCCAAGCGGCUGAUGAGGCUGCUGAUCGAGCACGCCCUGUCCUUCCUGCCUUUCCAGAGCUGCACCGUCCAGACCCCGCAGGGACAGGACUACGAAGGACGGACCUUCAGCGGGAAGCAGAUCACGGGCGUGUCGAUCCUGAGAGCGGGGGAGACGAUGGAGCCGGCCCUGCGCGCCGUGUGCAAAGACGUCCGCAUCGGGACCAUCCUCAUCCAGACCAACUGCUACACCGGAGAGCCGGAGCUCCACUACCUGCGGCUGCCGAAGGACAUCAGCGAAGACCACGUGAUCCUCAUGGACUGCACAGUCUCCACCGGGGCAGCUGCCAUGAUGGCAGUGAGGGUCCUGCUGGAUCAUGACGUCCCAGAGGAUAAGAUCUUCCUCCUGUCCCUGCUGAUGGCCGAGAUGGGCGUCCACUCAGUGGCCUACGCCUUCCCCCAGGUGAAGAUCAUCACCACGGCCGUGGACAAGAAGGUGAACGACCUUUUCCGCAUCAUCCCAGGCAUCGGGAAUUUCGGAGAUCGCUACUUUGGGACCGACGCACCCCCCGACUGGAGCGACGAUGAAGACACCCUUAGCACUUAGCACCCUGGUCCUCCACUCCCAGGCAGCAGCCCGGGGGCGGCAACAGGGUUGAGGCAGCUUGCACCUUAACCUCCCGCUGGACAUUUGCAGAGAGUAUUCCCCCAACCCACAGCAUAGCUUAUUUUUGGAACUUGUGCACUUCAGAGCUAGGGCCUAUUUUUGAACGGAAUUCGAGUCCCGGCUGACAGCACGUGCAGCCGGACCUUAGAGCGGAGUUAAUUUAUUUUAAUAUAAAUGGUUGGCUACUUUAACUUAUUCCAGAUUUUCUAAAGAAAAAAAAAAAAAGAAAGAAAGAAGUGUU